CGUCUUUAUUUUCACAUGGUAAAUCUCUAUCCUGGCAACCAAAAGGAAAAGCCAAAGAAGUUAUUAAAGAACUUACUUCAUAUUGUAAUAGUAUAGAUCAAGAUAAUGCGGAUGAGAUAAUUGAACUUCAAGAAAGUAGUACAAGUCAGGUUAAUAUAGAAAAAAAUGAUAGCGAUCAAGAUGACACAAAUGAGAUAACUGACUAUGCACAAGAUUCUGAUACUUCUAUUUUUGUAGAUACACAAGAUGGUAUUGAUAAGAUAGAAUAUAAUACUUUAACAUCUGCG